AUGGCGACAGACCGACAGUCCACCCCACCGCCCCAGACCGGGGCCAGCGCCCCUCGUGCUCCCCUGACCCCGGAGCAGUUGCGGAGAAUUGAACUCAACCGCAUGAAGGCCAAAGCCAUCCGAGAGCAACGUAUAGCAGAACAAGCCCGGGCUGCAGGAAGCAUUGGGAAUGGACCAUCUCAAUCUACCACAGGCGUCAAACGAACCUACUCCUCCAUGACUGCCUCCGACACCCCCACGACCGUUCGCGAUGCGACCGCUACAUCAACAGCCACUCGCCCGCUCGAUUCCAUCCGACCGGCGCGCAAUUUUACGAAAUUCGUCGAGUACGACUUCUCCAAAAUCACCGAUACGAAGGGAGGGUUCCUGACGGAGGAAGACGAUCGGAAUAACAAGGCCCUGCAUGUGAGGGAUGGCAAAGAGCAGAAACCACCCCAUAUGACACAGAAGGAAUGGGAACGACAGCAGCUCUUGAAGACACUUCAUCGGGACCGUACGGGGCCGUUUGAACCCGGGCUUAGUGUGUUGGAUGAUCGAGCCCAGCAGAAGAAGUGUCGUGAGUGUGGUACCCUUGAGAUUGAUUGGAAGUGGGAGGAGUCGCUCCGGUGUUGUAUAUGUCAUGCGUGCAAGGAUAAGUUUCCCGAGAAAUAUAGUCUUCUUACGAAGACCGAGGCGAGGGAGGAUUAUCUUUUGACUAAUCCCGAACUUCAGGAUGAGGAACUCCUCCCGCAUCUAGAACGUCCGAACCCGCAUAAAUCGACCUGGAAUAAUAUGAUGUUGUAUCUGCGGUAUCAGGUGGAGGAAUAUGCCUUUUCCGAGAAGAAAUGGGGGUCGGCUGAGGCGUUGGAUGCCGAGUUUGAGCGACGCGAGAUUGAGAAGAAGCGUCGUCGGGAGGCCAAGUUCAAAGGUAAACUAGAGGAUCUGAAGAAACGUACAAGGGUUGAUGCGUACCGGCGGAAUCGCCAAGGACCUGCUGGAGGGAAUUUCGGGGAUGAUCUGGGGGUUGGUGGUGGUGGUGGUGGGAGGCAUGUACAUCAGUGGGGGAGAUCGAUUGAAGACCCGAAGACGGGGAUCGGGGUGAAGAAGUGCGUGGAUUGCGGGAUGGAAGUGGAGGAAUUGGAGUUUUAG